AUGGUUCUUCAAGACUUGGGGCGGCGCAUCAACGCCGCCGUGAGCGAUCUUACGAGGUCGGCGAAUCUCGACGAGAAGGCAUUCGAUGAGAUGCUGAAAGAGAUUUGUGCUGCACUACUGUCUGCAGACGUCAACGUGCGCCUGGUCCAGAACCUCCGCAAGUCCAUCAAGAACAGCGUCAACUUCGCCUCCGCCCCCGCCGCUGUCAACAAGAAACGAUUGAUCCAAAAGGCCGUCUUUGAUGAACUCGUGGCACUCGUCAACCCUCACGCCGACCCCUUCCGUCCCAAAAAGGGCCGUGUCAAUGUGAUUAUGUUUGUGGGUCUGCAAGGUGCUGGUAAAACAACGACUUGUACGAAGCUGGCGAGACAUUACCAGACGCGCGGUUUCAAGACCGCUCUUGUCUGUGCGGACACCUUCCGUGCAGGUGCUUUUGAUCAGCUGAAGCAGAAUGCCAUUAAAGCGAAGAUCCCGUAUUACGGCAGUCUCACGCAGACCGACCCCGUGGUCGUGGCAGCGGAAGGUGUUGCCCAGUUCAAGAAAGAGCGCUUUGACGUUAUCAUUGUGGAUACGAGUGGUCGACACAAGCAGGAAGAAGAUCUCUUUGAGGAGAUGACCCAGAUCCAAAACGCAGUCACGCCAGACCAGACCAUUCUGGUCCUCGACAGCACGAUUGGCCAGGCCGCAGAGGCACAAUCCUCUGCGUUCAAAGCCACGGCAGACUUUGGUGCUAUUAUCAUUACGAAAACAGAUGGCCAUGCCGCUGGCGGUGGUGCGAUUUCCGCCGUCGCUGCGACUCACACGCCAAUCAUUUUCUUGGGAACAGGCGAGCACAUGCUGGACCUGGAACGGUUUGAGCCCAAGGCCUUUGUGCAGAAGCUGCUGGGUAUGGGCGACAUGGCAGGGCUCGUCGAGCACGUGCAGGCUGUCACCAAGGACUCUGCUGGCGCCAAGGAGGCAUACAAACACAUCACCGCUGGUCUCUACACAGUACGCGAUUUCCGUGAGAACAUAACGUCAAUCAUGAAAAUGGGUCCGCUGUCCAAGCUCUCCGGCAUGAUUCCUGGUCUCUCCAACAUUACCGCUGGACUAGAUGACGAAGACGGGACCAUGAAACUCCGACGGAUGAUUUAUAUCUUCGACAGCAUGACUGCCGCAGAACUCGACAGCGACGGUAAGAUGUUUAUUGAUCAGCCCAGCCGCAUUGUCCGUAUCGCAUGUGGUAGCGGAACGACCGUCCGUGAGGUCGAAGAUCUCCUGUCUCAGCACCGCAUGAUGUCCGGUAUGGCCAAGAAAGUCGGUGGACAACGCAAACAGAUGCAGCGCGCCCAGAACAUGCUCAAGGGCGGAAACAAGGACCAGCAGAUGGCCGCCAUGCAAAAACGCAUGCAGUCCAUGGGCGGUGCUGGAGGCGCCGGCGGUAUGCCGGGCAUGGGCGACAUGGCCAAGAUGAUGCAAAUGUUGCAGGGACAAGGAGGCGCCGGAGGAGGAAUACCUGGUAUGGGCGGCAUGGACUUGCAGAGCAUGAUGAGCCAAAUGGGUGGGUUGAUGGGAGGCGGAGGUGGUGGUGGAGGUGGCAGUGGAGGUAAAGGAAGGGGGCGAUAG